CUUCCACAACCACCCCUUCAGCAUCUACGACUCUAGCAACAACAUCAACAAAAAUAGACGAAUCAACCACAACUUUGUCUAAACCCACAACAGCAAAUAAUGCGACCGCAGUUUUGGCUUUAACAACCACCUUUCCAACAUCCUCAAUUGUUGAACCAACAUCAACAACAUCUGAUUCAGCAACCACAACUCUGUCUGGCACCACAACAACUACUGUUGUAACAACAUCUUUUGAUUCCACAACCACCACUCAAAUGUCAACCACUGAUGCAUCAACCACAACUCUGUCUGACACCACAACAACCACUGAUGCAACUACAAUUUUGGCUUCCACAACCACAGCUCUGAAACUGACAAGUAUAGCACCAGCAUCAACAACUAUGCCUGACACCACAACAACUAUUGAUACAACAACAAUUUUGGCUUCCACAUCCAGCUACCAAACAUCCUCAACUAAAGCAGCAGCAUCAACAACAAUUGAUGCAGAAACAACCAGUCUGUCUGACACCACUACAACUACUGAAGCUAGAACAACUUUGGAUUCCACAAGCACCCCGCUAAUGUAUACAACUGAUGCAUCAACCACAACUCUGUCUGAAACCACUCCAACUACUGAUGCUACAACAACUUUGGAUUCCACAACCACCCAUCUAAUGUCAACCACUGAUGCGUCAACCACAUCUCUGUCUGACACCACAACAUCUACUGAUGCAACAAGUUUGACUUCCACAACCACUCCUUCAGCAUCUACUACUCUAGCAACAACAUCAACAAAAAUAGAUGAAUCAACCACAACUUUGUCUGAACCCACAACAGCAAAUCAUGAGACCUCAGUUUUGGCUUUCACAACCACCUUCCCAACUGUUGAAGCAACAUCAACAACAUAUGAUGCAGCAACCACCACUCUGUCUGGCACCACAACAACUACUGUUGUAACAACGUCUUUUGAUUCCACAACCACCACUCUAAUAUCAACCACUGACGCAACAACUACAACUGUGUCUGACACCACAAUAACCACUGAUGCAACUACAAUUUUGGCUUCCACAACCACAGCUCUGAAACUGACAACUAUAGCACCAGCAUCAACAUCUGAUGCAGCAACAACAACUAUGCCUGGCACCACAACAACUAUAGAUACAACAACAAUUUUGGCUUCCACAUCUAGCAACCCAACAUCCUCAACUACAACAGCAGCAUCAACAACAACUAAUGCAGAAACAACAAGUCUGUCUGACACCACUACAAGUACUGAUGCUAGAACAUCUUUCUAUUCCACAACCACCCAUCUAUUGUCAACCACUGAUGCGUCUACCACAUCUCUGUCUGACACCACAACAACUACUGAUGCAACAAGUUUGACUUCCACAACCACCCCUUCAGCAUCUACGACUGUUGCAACAACAUCAACAAAAAUAGACGAAUCAACCAAAACUUUGUCUGAACCCACAACAGCAAAUGACGCAGUUUUGGCUUUCACAACCACUUUUCCAACAUCCUCAACUGUUGAACCAACAUCAACAACAUCUGAUGCAGCAACCACAACUCUGUCUGACACCACAUCAAGAACUGAUGCAACCACAAUCUUGGCUUCCACAACCAUACAACUGACAUCGACUACUAUAGCUCCAGCAUCAACCACUGAUGCAUCAACCACAACUCUGUCUGACACCACAACCACCACUGAUGCAACUACAAUUUUAGCUUCCACAACCACAGCUCUGAAACUGACAACUAUAGCACCAGCAUCAACAUCUGAUGAAGCAACAACAACUAUGCCUGACACCACAACAACUAUUGAUACAACAACAAUUUUGGCUUCCACAUCCAGCAACCCAACAUCCUCAACUACAGCAGCAGCAUCAACAACAACGGAUGCAGAAACAACAAGUCUGUCUGACACCACUACAACUACUGAUCAUAGAGCAUCUUUUGAUUCCACAACCAUCAAUCUAUUGUCAACCACUGAUGCGUCAACCAUAUCUCUGUCUGACACCACAACAACUACGGAUGCAACAAGUCUGACUUCCACAACCACCCAUUCAGCAUCUAUGACUGUAGCAACAACAUCAACAAAAAUAGAUGAAUCAACCACAACUUUGUCUGAACCCACAACCAGAAAUGAUGCAACCUCAGUUUUGGCUUUCACAACCACUUUUCCAACAUCCUCAACUGUUGAACCAACAUCAACAACAUCUGAUGCAGCAACUACAACUUUGUCUGACACCACAUCAACAACUGAUGCAACCACAGUCUUGGCUUCCACAGACACAUCACUGAUAUCGACUACUAUAGCACCAGUAUCAACCACUGACCCAGCAACUGCAACUCUGUCUGACACAUCUACAACUACUGUUGCAACAACAUCUUUUGAUUCCACAACCAACACUCUAAUAUCAACCACUGACGCAUCAACUACAACUCUGUCUGACACAACUACAACUACUGAAGAAACAACAUCUUUUGAUUCCACAAGCACCCCAAUAAUGUCAACCACUGAUGCAUCAACCACAACUCUGCCUGACAUAACAAAACCCACUGAUGCAACUACAAUUUUGGCUUCCACAACCACACCUCUGACAUUGACAACUAUAUCACCAGCAUCAACUAUACCCAACAUCACAAAAUCUAUUUACACAACAACAAUAUUGGCUUCUACAACCAGCACCCCAACAACUUCAACUACAACAGCAGAUUCCACAACCACCCAUCUAAGUUCAACAACUGAUGAAUCAACCACAUCUCUGUCUGACACCACAAGAACUACUCAUGCAACAAGUUUGACUUCUACAACCACCCCUUCAGCAUCUUCGUCUGUAGCAACAACCUCAACAAAAAUGUAUGAAUCAACCACAACUCUGUCUGACACCACAACAACAAAUGAUGGAUCCUCAAUUUUGGCUUCCACAACAAUUUUCCCAACAUUCUCAACUGUUGAACCAACGUCAAGAACAUCUGAUGCAGCAACCACAACUCUGUCUGACACCACAACAACAGAUGCCACAACAAUCUUUGCUCCUAUGUCCACACCUCUGACAUUGACCACUAUAGCACCAGAAUCAACAGCUGAUGCAGCAACAACAACUAUGCCUGACACCACUACCACUACCAUUGCAACAACAUCUUUUGAUUCCACAACCACCCAUCUAAGUUCAACCACUGAUGAAUCAACCACAUCUCUGUCUGACACCACAACAACUACUGAUGCAACAAGUUUGACUUCUACAACCACCACUACAGCAUCUUCAACUGUAGCAACAACCUCAACAAAAAUUUAUGAAUCAACUACAACUCUCUCUGACACCACUAAAACUACUCAUUCAUCUACAAUUUUGGCUCCUACAAUCACAGUUCUGACACUGACACCUAUAGCACCAGCAUCAACAUCUGAUGCAGCAACCACGGCUAUGCCUGACACCACAACAAGUAUUGAUACAACAAUGAUUUUGGCUUCCACAACCAUCUUUCCUGCAUCCUCAUCUGUUGAAACUACAUCUAAUUCAGCAACUGUAGCAGUAGCGACAACAUCAAAAAAAAUUGAUGAAUCAACCAGAACUUUGUCUGGCACCACAACAGCAAAUAAUGCAACCUCAAAUUUGGCUUCCACAUCCAUACCUCUGACAUUGACAACUAUUGCACCAUCAUCAACAACUGAUACAAAAACAACCACUCUGCCUGAAAUCGCAACAACUGUUUACGCAACAACAGAUUUUGCUUCCACAACUACCGCUACAAGAUCCUCAACUGCUGCAACCAAAACUAUGCUUGACACCACAACAGCUGCUGAUGCAACAACAACUUUGGCUUCAAAAACCACCUCUACAACAUCCUCAACUGUAGCACAAUCACUAACAACUCAUGCAACCAUGACAAAUAUAUCUGAUAGCACAACUAUUGAUUCAACAACAACUUUGUCUUUCACAGCCACCCCUCCAACAUUAUCAACUGCAGUACCAACCUCAACAAGUGAUGCAGCGAUAUCAACAAUGCCUGACACCACAACAACAAUUGAUGCAAUAACAAUUUUGGAUUCCACAACAUCAUCAACAUUCUCAGCUGCAUCAAAAAUUUUGACCUCUGAUGCAGCAACCAAAACUAUGCUUGACAUCACCACAGCUGCUGAUGCAAUAACAUCUUUGGCUUCCACAACCAACCAUCCAACAUCCUCAACUGUAGCAACAGCAUCAGCAACCACAAAUGUGACAGACAUUGCAACAACUAUUGAAGCAACAUCUAUGGUUUCCACAACCCCCCCUCCAACAUCCUCAACUGCAGUACCAACAUCGACAACUGAUGCACCAGUGUCAACCACUAAUGAAGCAACAACCAUUAUGCCUAACACCACAAAAACUACUGAUGCAACAACAAUUUUGACUUCCACAACAACUCCUCCAGCAUCCUCAACUGUAGAAAAAAUGUUGACAACUGAAACAGCAGCAACAACCAUGUCUGAUACCACCAAAACUACUGAUGCAGAAACAACUUCCACAGCUACCCCUCCAAAGUUAACAAGCCAUCCAACGACAACAACUAUGCCUGACACAGCUAAAAAUAUUUACGCAACAACUUUGGCUUCCAUAACCACCCAUCCAACAUCCUCAAUUGUGGCACCAAUGUCAACAACAAAUGUUGAAUCAACCACAGGUAUGCUUGAUACCACAGCAACUACUGGUGUGACAACAACUUUGGCUUCUACAGCCACUCCUCCAGAAUCCUCUACAAUCAAUCCUGCCACAAUUGCUGUGGGUGAAUCCAAAACAACACUUCCAAUGACAGCUGCUGUUAAAACUAAUACGACUUUGGUUUCUGAAACAAUUCUGACUACAAGUCAUCCAAAAACCAUUAUUGUGCCUGAAGAUACAACACUUCCAACAACAACUACAGGUACAGCUUUGGCUAACACAACCACAAUAUUUUCAACUACAGGCCCAACCACUUUAACUGAUGUAUCAUCUACAACUAUGCCUGACACCACAACAGCUAUUGGUGUUACAACAACAUCUUUGGCUAUCCCAAGCAUCCCUCCAGUAUCCUCAACUGUAGCAUCAAUGUUGACAACUGAUUCAGCAACCACAACUAUGCCUGAAACUACAAAUACAACUUUAUCUGAAACCGCAACAAUACUUUCAGUAACAACAGUUAAUGCAACAAUAACAACUUUGGCUGCCCAAAGUACCCCUCCAGCAUUCUCAUCUGUAACACCAACAACUAAUGCAACAACAACAACUAUGCCUGAAACAACAACAGUCCUACCAACAACACCUAUUGGUGCAACAACAACUUUGACUACAACAAGCAACCCUCAAACAUCAUCACAUCUAAAACAACUGUUGACAUCUGAUGCAGAAACCACAGCUGUGCCUAAAACAACAGUUCUGGAAACAACAAUUUUGUUUAACUUAAGCACCCCUGCAAAAUAUUCAGUUGCAGCACCAAUGUUGACAACUGAUGGAGCAACCACAACUAUUGGUGCAAGAACAACAAAUAUUGCCAACUCAAGCAUCCCUCAGUCAUUCUCAUCUUCAGCACCCUUAUCGACUCCUGAUUUAACAACCACCACUAUGUUUGAAACAACAACAGUACGUCCAGUAACAACUACUGGUGUAACAACUUUGGCUGGCACAAAUAAACUUCCAGCAGCAACUAUAGGCUUAACAACUCCUGCUCCAACAUGGAAUAAAACAACUCUGAAACCUGUACAACCACCAGAUGUGAUUGGGAGGGUGAUUAUUUACAUUCGGCUCAUAUUUAUUACACGGGGCCCUGUACCAAGUGCUGAAAAAAUAUUACAAUUGGCAAACUCUCUGCUGGCCGAACGUUUCAGAAUUAAACGAGAACUGAGGGCACAAAGCUUAAGUACCCCUGUGAGCUUUGUGAAUGUCACUUACACAAAACUUUCUGAUACGUCAUAUGCCCUGAAUUUUGGAUUUGAAAUCAACAAUGUUACCAUGUCUCAGAAAUUUGAUCUCAGGGACACCACAUAUAAAUUAAUUCAGGACUCUAUCAAUAAAUUGCUGAACGAGAUGCUAACUGAGCCCACAGCCACUCCAUUUGUGUUCAAAGAUACCAAUUUCACGGGUAAUUCCACCACUAUUCAGGCUGAUGUACAGUAUGUUUUCUCAGAAAGCGACUUCCAGAAACCCAGUGCCUUUCUCAAUGCACUUAUUGUGGUUAAUAGUGAGACUAUUACAACAACUACACCUGCUGCAACUAGAACCACCUUUUACUCCACAGUGCUGAGCACUACAGUCACAAAUAACAGCACUAGUGCAGCAUGGGUUGUGGCCAUUAUUGUACCCUGUGCUAUUGCUAUCAUCCUCGUACCUUGCUGGAUUCUCCUUUGUUGUUUGCUGUGUGGUUGCUGUACAGCAUUGAGAAGAAGGUGGUCCAGAAGACGGUCAUACAAUGUACAAUACACCACUCACAGCCUAUUCUAGAGAGCUCAAGACACAUCAGGAACAUUUUCUAACACUAACUGAUUACUUAUUAUACUAAUCCAAAUUGUGAUGGUGGUACUUUAAAGUUUACAUUUAACUUUCCAUAAUGAUUAUGAUAUCUUACAGCUUUUACAAUACACUAUUUAUUUUAUUGUGCCUGUAUUGCUGGACAGACAGGAUCUUAAAUUGUGAUUAAUGUAAUUUAUUUUCAGAAUUGUUUAAUGGACAAAAAAUGUAAGAUUUCAUUAGACAUUAUUUACAUGUUAUAUAAUAUUUUUGGAUUUCCAAAUAAUUAAUUUAUUUGAUUUUACACAUUUCAUUUUAAGGGGCAAUGUUGGUAAUGUUAAACUUAUUUAUACUUCAUGCACUUUAGUUCCAUGUAACUCCAUGAAAAUCCUUGUGUGCUUUACACACAGUUGUAGAUGUAAAACAGCAGCAAAACCAAUCAACAGUUAUUUUAUCUGCAUAAUUUCAAAUCUUGUUUUUAAUGAUCACUUCUGUUCUGACAAGAUUGUCCUGCAGCUGCUGACAGGAAAUGUUUGUUUUAGUUAGGCAUCACACAAAAAGCUUUUAUUCACCUUUUAAAUCAUAACAACAUUAAUAAAUGUAAGAACAAAUGUAUAUAUAACCAAAUGACAAUGAUCUAGCAGGACCCUGCAUGCAUAAAAAAUAAAAUAAAAUCCUU